GUGACGUCUCCGAACCUGCCCGAGACGGUCGGUAAAGUGUCAAAAGACCGUUCCACAAAAAAAGGGAAAAAAAGGUUCAAGAUGGGUUUGGUGGUGCCGUGGAGUGAAAAAUAGUCAGUUCCCAUCGUCGAUAAUCUUUCUGCUGGAGGAAAACAGGCCAUCAGAAACAAAAGACCAAUUCAGCGACUAAUGAUCGACUCCAUUACCAAUCCAUAGCCCUCCGAAAAGGACGUGCACGCGCCGUACCGUUUGUGAUAGUAGUAGCAGUACGUACGGCCAGCAAAAUGACUGCCAGGGAAAGGGAAAAUCAACUAUCCAAGAUAAAGCAGUUCUUUCGCAUGUACAAGCCCGGCAGCGUGUCUAUGUCUCGCCAUGAUCUGCCGAUCUCGCCGGAACUGGAACGCGAGCUGCGACCCGAAACACCCGUCACGCAGCGGUGCAAAGCGCUGCGAGACUUUGGCGAACAGGUAAUUACGUCCCGGCUCGAACCGGACGCAGUACAAUCGCUCUGGGAGCUAACGAAAGACCUGCUCGUCGGGAACAAGCUGAUGGAGCAGCGGCAAUGUGCUCUCGCCUUCUACUGCCGGCUCAUCCAGGGGCAGUACGACAGUCUCGGGAUGAUGCGGGCCCAGUUCUAUCGUGUGAUCGAAAGUCACAGCGAACCGGAAGAUAUUUCCUAUCGGCUGGAGAUGUUGAAGCUGCUUACCGAAACAGGGAAAAACAUCCAGCAUUUCGAGAAGGAAAUAGGCCCAUUUCUGCUCGAAUGGAUUAAAUCGAUCCACGAGGCGGGACUGAUCGAUUCGCUGCUGGAGUUGAUCGUGAACCUGAUCAAGUACAAUGCCGCCAGCCUGGAGCCGAAGUUUCUCGUGGGCGUCGUGUCGUACAUCUUCGACAUGACGUGCAACAAGCAGGAAACGAGCACGAUACUACUGUGCCUGUCGGUGCUGGAUUGUUUCAUCUGUUACGCGAUCAUCCCGAACGAAUCGCUCACGCUGUUCAUCAUCAUCCUGUGCCGGAUGGUGAACCAGGAGGCGUACUGUCAGCACUCCUGGAAGAUUAUGAAGAAUCUCUUCGGGACAACGCUCGGGCACGCGACGCUGCUCACGAUGUGCAACAUCCUGAACAAUCCGGCCUUCCACCAGGACGAUGCGUUGCUCCGCGGGGCCAUCUUUCACACGAACGUUGGCCUGUGGGGUAUCAGCGUUGUGCCGAAGCUGGACUGUGCGCCUUCGCUGGUGUUGACCAGCUUUUGGAAUGCCCUCAAAAGCCGGCACGUGAUUGUAACGUACGAGGUGAUACUGAGCAUGAACCGGUUGAUACAAAAGUCCGGCAACGAGCUAAACGAACCCACGUGGGACAUUAUCUGCGACAUCAUGACGGAGAUUUCGCACAACCUCGCCAUACACCGUUUACCGCCGGAGCACACGGUUGUGACGCACUUUCACGAAACGCUCAACAUGGUCGAAACGCUACUGCAGCAAGGCACCAUGAACACCGACCCGGAAAAGGUGUACGCCCUGAUCGAGCACGUGUCGGCCGAGCGGCCGGAAGCCUCGGUGAAGCAGCUGAUCGACUACAGGGCCAGCCGAAUAUCGGCCACCCGGUCGGAGUGGUUAAAGCAACUGUGCCAGUUUAUGGAUCGGUUUUACCGCAUGAAAAAUAGUAACGUGCGCAUAUACGCGGUACAAGCGCUCGAGCGGAUUAUGGCCGCCAAUCGGGCUGCCUACGAGGACGAAAUCCUGGAGCGCAUCGUGAUCGUGCAUCUGGGCACGGUACCGCUGGAGAAGGAUGCGGAAGUGAGGAAGGCGGUGGCGCGUACGCUGAUCGAGUUUACGAUCCACUGCGAGACGAAGCGCUGCAUCGAGCUGUUGGAGAUUGUGGAGAAGCUGUUGCAUCGUCCGUACGAUGAAAACCAGGUGGUACGGUCGGAGCAGGAAGCGGAAGACAUUAUUCUGCUGGUGGAUGGGCUGAUUCGGCUGUUUAUUGUGAAGCUGUACCGGUUGCCUUCGCUGCAUGCGAUCCGGGUGUACAGCAUGCUGAUCGGUUUGCUCGAGCUGCACUACCAGCGACCGCACGUGCUGGCGAACGUCACCAGCGUGCGGUAUCGGAUUUUCUCCUGGAUGAUGAAGGCACGUGCGAAUGGGUCGUUUCACAUUGGCUAUCCCGAUCCGGAGGACGGCAAUCGGGUGCGUUUUUCGCACUAUCUGGGCAUCGAGGGACCGUUCCAGCAUCAGAGUCUACAGCCGCAGCCCUAUCUGUCGAGCCAAUCCACCAGCCAGCUGAAUCUGACCGGUACCGGUGGGGCCGGUUCGGAGGCAGGUUCGAAAGCGAUGGACCGGAUCCCGGCAACGAAUCUGACGACGAUCUCGAUCAAGCGCGGCUGUCAGGUGAUCGUGCUGUGCCUGAAGGAGGAAAAGGACUGGGAAGUGAUACAGCUGGUGCUGACCGAGCUGCCCAGCGUGAUGCAGAACAAGGCACUGAUCCAGGGCAAUGAUGUGGAUUCGCUGGCCCGCACGCUGUACCGGAUGUACACGGAUAAGAUGCAGCUGGAGAAGCUGCAGCUCCCGGCCAACAUGGUACCGAAGAUGUCGGACUACAUGGAGUUGAUUUUACCGGCGCUCUCGAGCCUGGCGAUGUACCACCAGCAUCUGGACACGAACACGCAGAAGAACAUCAUCGACGCGCUGAAGCAGGGACUGAUUUCGCGCCGUCCGCACGAAUGCAUCCGCAUGCUGACGAUCCUGCUGCUCGAAAUGCCCGAACAGCUGAUGCCGAAGAUGGCCGACCUGCUGCUCGAGCUGAGCAAAAUGACGGGCACGAAGAUGGUGGCGCUGCCGGUGCUCGAGUUCCUGUCCACGCUUAUCCUGGUGCCGAGCUUCCGGUUCGGUAACUUUACCAUGCGCACGUACAUGUGCGUGAUGGCGAUGUCGUUGCCGUUUACGAACCCGUUCCGGUACGAUCACUACACCGUCUCGCUGGCACAUUACGUCGUGGCGGCGUGGUUCAUCAAGUGCAAGCUGCCGAUGCGCCACCAGCUCGUGAAGUUUAUCGUGCAGGGGCUCGAAUCGUACGUGCACGUCCCGUUCCAGGACGGAUCGCGUGCGUUUUCGCAGGUGAACGAGGACUCGUCUGAGCGCAAGCGCAGCUCGAGCUUGACGGAGCAAAGCUCGCGGCGUCGCGACCGUAUCCAGCAGCAAAAACAAUCCCAGCAGCAACAGCAACAGUCCUCCUCGGCUUCCGGCCAGCGUGCGUCGGGCGCCAGUGUAGCGUCGUCCGCCGCAUCCGGAUCGACUGUUUCCAUCGCGCAGUCCUCCGCCCAACUGCCUUCCCAGAAGGUUUACUCGAUUUCUCCGCUCAACGACGAUAUGUACCGGUUUCACUGUGAGCUAGCGGACACGUGCGUUGACUUUAUGGUGCGCCACACAUUUUCCCCGUGCUCCGGCAUCUCGAAACGGCUGCCCUCGGCCGAGUUCUUACUGUCCGGUGGUCAAUCGAUGACCUGGCUCGUUGGACACGAUCUAAUCACCAUCACGACGAGCGGCUGUUCGGGUGUCACCUUCCGGAAUGGGCUGUGCGAUCGGUGCCAUCAGUAUUGCCAGCAAGCGGCGGCAAACGGUAGCGGAGCUGGCGUGGGUGGCAUGGAUUCCGGGAGUACGAAGCUGGUCCCCUAUCAACAGCAGCAGUACCAUCACCAGCCCAACACUCACGCACUGCUGUCGAAAUCGAACAGCAGCGCAAGUACGGCCACCACCACAACAACCAUCGGUGGCGGUGGGGGUGGACAACCACUUUCACCCGAACCACCGUACAGUAGUGCAUCGUCCGGGAAGGAUUCCGGCCUGUCCGGUAUCGGGCUGGGGGCGGCAGACAGUGGCACGGGCAAAUCGUUGUACCCGGCGGACAAUCCGAUGACACCGGCCUCGGCAACGACGUCGAAUAAAAGGUAUACCAAAGCCAGUUUGCAACACAGUAGUGCAAAUGAAUCCGACAGCACCGAUCUGACGACUUCCAGCUCGACCUCAUCCUCGACAGCGGCAACGCCGUUCCCGACGGCACCACAUUCCGCACACGGUCCGGCGUCUGGUGGACUGUCCGCGACCGGCACAGCAGCCACCGGCAAUCGAUUCUUCCACCAGGGCUCUCAGGAGGGCUACUCGUCCGGCUCGCUGGAAGCGCUUUCACGGCGCGGAAGCAAUCCCGAUUCGGUCGAACCCGCCAUGGGACCGCACGGAAUGGGUUCGGCCGGUGGGGAACUACAGCUCCAGCGCACCAGCUCCCUCGUUGCGCCGAGAGCUCCGCCCGGCUUGAUGGCCACCAUCGGAAAUCGGCUUAUUUUGCCACAGCAGCUCAGCAGCUCGCUGACUGGCGGUGGUGGUGGUGGUGGUGGUGGUGGUUCAUCUUCCUCGUCGGGCAUUGGGUUUGAUAAGCCGGUGCAACCGUGUGCGUGUGUGUGCACGGGAUGGGCCGAGGUGUGUGUCCGACGUCCGACCGGGUUCACUUCGUGGAUUACACGCAUCCAGAGCCAGGUGUCGCACGAUAUACUCGGUGGCGAUGUUGCGCUGCAGGAUCUUACCUCGCUGUUUUCACCCAGCGUCGGUGGCGGUAUGGUGGGUUCGGAUUAUCUUACGCUCGCCGGUGGUGGACAGCAACCGUCCUUUAGCGCCGAUGGGAUGACACCGUUCGGAAGUAGUGCUGAUAUCCCAUCGGCUACGAUGGUGGAUCGAUUGGCAUCUGGUUCUUCGUUUGCGGCUGAGGGCGAUAUGCAACCGGCAAACCUUGGAAGUGCGGAGCAGGUAAAUCCUGCGCUCGAAAAAGCUUCCGCACAACAACCACCCGGAGCAGUAGCAGCAGCAGCAGCAGCAGCAGCCGCCGUAACGCGUGCUAAAGUGUCCAUCUCGGACGAAGUGUUUGAAAUGGCGAAAAAGGGCGAACCGAAGAAGAAAGCAUCGGUCGAGGAAGAGCACGAGCAGAGUGAGGAUGAGGAGCUUAAAAAUGUCCUCGCUGGCGGAGGUGGCGUGGAGGGUGCAGCGGCAUCGCUUAGCGGUGGCGGAUCGGGUCCGAUCAACAUUCCCGGCAAGCAGUCGAGCGCCGCACUCGCGUCCGACGACGAGGACGACGACGACGACGACGACGAUGAGGAUGAUGACGAGGAUGACGAUAGUGGGGAGGAGAAUGGACGCCGGAAUCGGUACGAUGGUAACGAGGGCGUUAUGUUCGAUGAUACGGAGGGACGUACUCGGAAGCCGGUUCGGCGGGUCAACUCAAGCCCCGAGAUGCGCACCAAAUGGAACAGUCAGUUUUUGAGCAAAGCGAAGGAGAGCGCUGUUGGUCAGGAGUCGACCGUGGGGAUGGUAGCGACCGGAGGUGGCGAACCCGGGCCCGCGGUAGUUACUACAGCCGGUAUGGUGCAGACCACGGAGGGCGCCGUUGUUGAGAAGAAAAAGUCCGCCUACGGCAAGGGUGUGAGUUGUGAGGCAAUUCCGGAGGAGAUUGCCGGGUCUACGCCUCCGCCACCAACGGCGCUGCGAAUGCAAAGCAACGUGCCCGAAACGCAGACGGUCGCACCACCGACAGUGCGUGGCACGGUCAUGGCGAAGCAUCAGGGUGAGUUUGGUGCGACUAAAGCGACGCCCAUCACCACAUCGCUUCCGGAGUCCAACACACUCGAACCGAUGGCUGCCCCUCGCAAGCAACAUUCGGCGGACGAUGCAACCUUGGCCACCGUCUCGAACGAAGCGAUUAGCAGCACGGCCGUGCCGAGCGCCGGCACGCAGAUGAUUGCCCCGAUUGCGAUGCAUCCGAUCACGCAAACGUCGUCCUCGUCCGCCCUCAGCCUAAAGCUCCCGAUGGAGAAGGUCACGAGCAAACCGCCCCAAUCGCCGGUCCCGCUCUCGCCACGGCUAAUUGCGCGCAACACCACCAACCUGAAGCAGUCCAGUUCCGGCACGGCUUCGCCCUCCUUCCCGGCGAUGGGUGGUGGAAUGGGGGGUGGGUCCGGCAUGGGGGGCGGCCUGCUUGGAAUGGGUAGCGGCAACGAUAACGAUCUGCCCCGCGGGCGCUCCAAAACCAUAUCCACCGUCCGGGAGCACUAUUCGCGCGAUAGCUCCAAAUGGAGUGCGGCCAAUGUGUCGCGGUUGCGCAACGAGCACAUUAACCGUACCGUGGUCAGCCCGAGCUUCGUCUUCCUGCAGCUCUACCAUCACGGCCAGUUCGGGAGCGAGUGUCCGCUGCUGAUGGACAAGGAUCCGGAGAAAGCGAUCGCACUGCUCGAUCUGAUCCCGCCGUUCGAGAUGCACAAGAUCGGUGUGCUGUACGUGGGACCGGGCCAGGCCGGAAGCGAGACGGAGAUCCUGAAGAACCGGUACGGUAGCCUGCGGUACGCGGAGUUUCUGAGCAGCCUCGGCACGCUGGUCGCGAUCAAGGACGCCAAAGAGAAGAACAUCUUCAUCGAUCUCGAAAGCAACGGGAAGGACGGUGCGUUCACGUACAUCUACCAGGACGAUAUCGUGCAGCUGACGUUCCACGUUGCGACGCUGAUGCCGAACAAGCGGCAGGAUCCGCACUGCAACGAGAAGAAGAAGCACAUCGGUAACGAUUUCGUCACGAUCGUGUACAACGAGAGCGGGGAGGAGUACGAUCUGAAAACGAUUCGAGGUCAAUAUAAUUACGCCUGCGUAAUUGUGGAGCCGAUCGAGCUGAACAGCAAUCGCGUUUUCAUCCGCUCGAAGGACGACAUCGCGCAGCACGUGACGCGGGAUGCGAAGAUCGUGUCCGACCACACGGCACCGUUACUGGCCCGCCAGAUGGCGCUGCACGCGAAUCUUGCCUCACUGGUUGCCCAAUCGCUGAAGACGAAAAACUCCAGCCCGUACGCCUCGAACUGGCUCGAACGGUUGCGCAAGAUCAAAAACAUACGCUCACGCUACGGACAGCAGCAGGACGAUCAACAGCAGCGGCAGCAACAGCAGCAGCAGCAGCAACUGCAGCAGGGUGGUUCGGCCAACGAUCUCAGUUCGGCCGCCAGCAGUGCGAACAACAGCGGCGCCAUCAGCUAUCGUGUGGACGAUUUUUCCAAGUAUACCGUCUGAGAAGAUUUGCUCUGGGUGUGGUGUUCCUUGCGAGAACGAGAAUUGUUACAUAUAUUUCUAAUGUUUCUUUUUUUAUUGGAAUUCCUUCAUCUGUCUCUCUCUGUCUCUCUCUCCUUGCUUUCCCCCAAGCCUCUUUUUUAUCCCUUGUGCCCAUACUUGUAAACUGCAGCUUCUGCUUGACGUUAAAGUCAUGACUCAAUGCCUCUGCUCUUGGCCGUACCUCAUUGCUGACGGUGCCUCAUUAUGAGCUGGAGGGCGGAGGGAAAGCAGACGAUUAUGCUGUGCCGUUUUUGGCGAUUGAUGGUUUACGUUGCUUGCAAAAUCCUAUUACACUGUGGGUUUUGGAGGGAGAUGGGCAUUACGAGAGAUACGUGGUCCCUUGUUGUCCGGUCGACCGACGGACCACACUGCAACUCGGUGGAUAGAGAGAGCAUCAGGUGCAAAAGUGCCACUGCUUAUACACACACACACACACCGCAUAAAUGUUUCUCACCCAUGGUGUAAAAGAGAGACUGCGGCCGACUGCAGCUGGAUGACACAUAUAUCAAUAAUAAUGUUUGCAUACUUGUUAUCGUACAAAUAAUAAAGAAGAUAUGAAACGCUAUCGCUUCAGGAUCAUCAUCAGCACCGCUA